AUGGACACGCGAAACGAUAAAAACCACGUUUUCCACUUUGAGUUGGCCAAAUGUAUAGGUCUAUACCAAAUAUUGGAUCCCGGAUCCUUAAAAUACAGGGGUCAAAACGUCUAUCACAUUGUCGCGGCAUGCAUUUUGCUGACCAUGUUUGUCAAUUCGAUGCUGUUAAACGUCAGCGGUGUGUACUAUUGGACGGACAAUCUGUCCAUCAGCGUGGACUGUUUUUGGAAAGCGGAAACUUCGAUGUACUUGGUCUACAAGAUGUGGAUCGUCGUCGGCCACUCGAACGACAUAUGGGACUGUUUGUCGAUCACACGGUAUGAUUUCACAUCUUUCAGCCUCCGGAACAGACAUAUACUGGAUCUUUUUCGUGGACGUUCGGUGCGGUUUACCACCAUGUUUGCCAUUGUGUAUUCGUGUUUUCCGGCCUCGUACUUGGUCAGUACCCUGGUAUACCGUAACGAUGUGUUACCGGUCAAAAAUCACGACGGAUCGGUCGGAUUUUACCGUCAGAAUGUCAUGAAUUUCUAUUUGAUGGUAUCAGACGCAACGUACAACACAAACUAUACUACGUUUUACCUUGUCGAGGCGGUGCACCUCUCCAUGAUGGUAAUGUCAUUCCUCAUAUUCGAUAUUGUUCUGGUUACACUGUGCAUUGGUAUAUGUAGUCAGAUGCAAAUGAUUUGCUCUGCGUUCAAAUCGGUCGGACAUAAAUCACUUUGCUACUCUCAUUCCCCGAUUGAUCAUACUGAUAAAAUAAAUAAAAAACGAAAUGAACAUGAUUUAGUUUAUGCUGAACUAAAAACAAUCAUAAUAGAUCAUCAAGCAGUAAUGGAGAAAUAUGAAGAUUUUUUAGCUUUAUUUAGACGAGUAUUGUUGUCACAAAUUGUCAUAUCGUCAUUAUCGGUCAUCACGCUUUCGUUUAUUUUCAUAAUGAGUUUCUCCGACGAUGAUAGAUUUAAGGAUAUGGAUGUUGCAUUCAAAAAAAUGAUUUGCCCAAUUUUGGCAAUACUGAUUCAAGUAUAUAUUGUGUGUUAUUUAUUUGACUACUUACACGAUCAAAAAGAUUCAAUAAUAUUCGCACUGUACAGCAGUAAUUGGACCGAAAUGGAUAUGAAGUGUAAAAAAUUGAUAUUAUCAACAAUGAAAAUGAAUAAUGCAAACCAAAAAAAGUUAAAAUUUACUAUAACAAGAAUUGUAAACUUGGAAAUGUUUUAUAAAAUAAUGGGUAAUUGCUACACAGUUGUUUCAGUUUUAGUUAAUUAUAUAUAA